AUGGCGUCUACAGCUAACCAAACCAAUGGUAUCCCCAAGAAGAAGCUUAUUCUCAAUGCCUUCGUUGAGUCAUGCAGUGGCCAUCAAUCCCCUGGCCUCUGGAGACACCCUGAAGAUCGAUCAGCCAACUUCAACAGCAUUCACCACUGGGUGGAGCUAGCUCAGUUGCUGGAGAGCGCCCAUUUUCAUGGCAUCUUCAUUGCUGAUGUUCUGGGUCCCUACGAUGUGUACAAAGGACCUCGUAACCCAGAUCCUGCCAUCAUAUCUGGGGCACAGCUGCCUGUAAAUGAACCACUGGUUUUGGUUCCGGCAAUGGCUGCAGCUACUAAAAAUAUCGGCUUCGGAGUUACCAUCGCAACGACGUAUGAGCAGCCGUACCAUCUUGCCCGUCGUCUGAGCACAGUGGAUCAUCUCUCUGGUGGCAGAGUUGGCUGGAACAUUGUGACCGGCUAUCUUGAUUCGGCUGCAAGAAAUUUAGGUCUCACGGAACAGCCACCUCAUGAUGAACGGUAUGCAAUUGCUGAUGAAUAUGUUGACGCUAUUUACAAACUUUGGCAAUCAUCGUGGAGAGAUGACGCCGUAAAGCUUGAUAGCCAAAAGGGCAUCUACACAGACCCAGCCCUCGUCAGGCCCAUCAACCACCAAGGGAAGUACUUUACGGUGCCAGGGCCGCACAUCUGUCAGCCAUCGCCUCAGCGGACUCCUGUUAUCAUGCAAGCUGGAACCUCAAAGGCUGGCAAGGCAUUUUCAGCUAAAAAUGCAGAGGCAAUCUUUGUUGCUGGACACAGUCCCUCCGUCAUAGCCAAGAACAUUGCAGAGAUUAGAGCUGCAGCACGAGACGAGUACAAUCGGGACCCUAGCACCAUUAAGUUCUUGGCUAUGCUUUGUCCCAUUAUUGGAAGGACCCAGGAAGAGGCUGAAGCUAAGUAUGCGGAUUAUAUCCAAUACGGCUCAGAGGAUGGUGCUUUGGCCCUAUUUGGUGGCUGGACUGGCAUCGAUCUAGCCCAAUACGACGAUGACCAAGAGCUCCGUCAUGUCGAGUCCAAUGCCAUUCGAUCUGCCGUAGAAACUUGGUCCAAAGCCUCCCCUUCCGUCCCCAAAUGGACAAAGCGCGCUGUGGCAAAGCACAUCCAAGUUGGGGGCCUAGGAGCCACAGUGAUUGGUACACCAGAGAAAGUAGCUGAUGAAAUGGAGCGGUGGGUCAGGGAAGCCGAUGUGGAUGGUUUCAACAUUGCAUACGCUCUUAUGCCCCAAACAUUCCAGGAUGUUAUUGAUUUGCUUCUCCCAGUCUUGAAAGAGAGGGGGCUAUUCUGGGAUGGAUACGCCGUUGAUGGAGGAACUUACCGUGAGAACCUAUAUGGAAAGAAAGGAGUGGCUCGACCACCAGCAGAUCAUCCAGCUGCUAGAUACCAUUGGCGAGCGGACUCAAGUUAG